AUGUCCUUCUCUCAAGAUCCUCGGCGCCGCGGCGGAGCCGGCACUGGGUUCAGCUCAACUGGCGGACGAACGGCAAUGGGAUACUGGCUGCCCUUGGCCUUAACUGCUGGAGUCGCAACUAUUAGCAUUGCAGCUUGGAUCUGGAGUGAACGAAAUGAUGACGACGACGAAGACGAAGAUGACCGCCCCCACGGAGAUGGUCGCCCUUACCCGCCUCCUGUUGGACCCGGAAGUGACCACCCUCCACCUUCCUAUACUACCGGAGAUUAUGCCCGAAGCGCAGGAGCGGAGAUACUGCCUGGAGAUGCUUCCUAUGAUCAUAGCAUGAUGGCUCGCAUGCAAGGUGCUUUGCGCCGCACGCCUAGCCCUCAGCAGAUCUUCGAUGGCGCUAGCAAAAGAGUUGUGGCCGGCGUCACUGCCGCAGGAGCCUUUGUCGGUGGCGCUCUCACCUCAAUUCGUGAAGACAACAAAGGCGAGGGCGACUAUGAGGACCACUCCAGAUGGUCGGAGGAGGCUCAAACCAGAGCUCACGAGAGAAGCCAACAAGCCGCCAUUACGCCGACUAUGAGUGGUGGAUUGCUAAGCCGUCCAGCUAAUAUCCUUGACAAGGACAACAAGGUCGUUGUAAUUGUGGUCUCCUCGGUUACAUCGGCUGAUGACGACGAAUUUCCUUCUGAACAUGCGGUAAGAAGUUCUCGUUCUUGUUACCCACCCCGUGCGCUUUCUGACAAUCACAGUCCAUUCUAUCCCAUCUCCCUGAACAUCUCGAUUUGA